AUGGCUACAUCCUCGUCGACUAGUAGGGACUUGACUUUGCGCCAUGUACUCAUCUUCCACCGCCACGGAGACCGCACUCCGGUCCUCACAUCCAUCGGCAGCAAAGUAGAGCCGACGCAAGAAGAGAAAGACUUUUGGGCCUCCAAGGUGGCGACAUCGGAGCAACUUGAGCUGCUCCAGCGGACCGCCAAACCCGUGGGCGCCGACGAGACGCAGCCUCCGGUCAUCCGACCCUCGAAGGAGUCUCAAUAUCCCUACGGACUGCUGACCCAGAAGGGCGUCAAACACAUGACUGGAAAGGGGCAAAUGCUACGAGAGCGCUACGGACAUUUGGUGGGCGACGACGUAAAGGUCGAGGACGUCUACGUGCUCUCCAGCAGUGUGCCACGCACCAUUGAGUCGGUGCAGAGCUUGCUACGAGGCUUCUUCUAUGAUGGAGAAGCCCAGAAGAAGAAAGUCCCGCAGUUCUAUGUGCACACGUACAAGCACAACGUACUGGCGCCCAUGCACCCACUGCAAGUGUUUAACGAGAUCGAACUCAUUGUACACGACGAUGUGCUCGCGUUAAGGAGUGAGAUCGAGCGUGACGCCAUGGAGAAACUUGCUCUGCAUCUGCGUGAGUGUCUGGGGGUACCGGACAACCAGCCUCUGUCUUGGACGGCAAUUCGGGACGCGCUGACGUGUCGAGAAGCGCAUGGCUGGCCGUUCCCUGAGGGCGUCGACCACACGACCUUCGAGCAGGUUGAGGCCUACGACACGUGGCUCUGGCAGCGUCUGUAUCAUUCCAAAGACUUUUGCUAUCAAGCGUUCAGAGACGGCGUCAAGGAAGUCUACGAGUUUGUCAAGUCCGUAGUCGAGAGCACGCAGCCAGCCAAGAUUUCCUUCUUCUCAGCUCACGACAACUCGAUUGUGGCUCUGCUGGGAGCUUUGCAGAUCGACGUGGGCUCGCAAUUGCCUGAGUAUGGCACUAUGUUGGCGUUGGAAGUGUACGAGGACAUGGCUACACACGAGUUUUUCGUCAAACCACUGUAUGAGAACGAGGUGGUGACUUUUGCGGGCCACACGCACGACCCGCUGUGUCCAUUCUCGCACUUUGAGUCGUUGGCGUUUGACUUCCUGUCCUACAAGGCGCAGCAGACAGAGCAACUAGAGUAG